AUGAGUAAUGUUAAUAUUCCAUCAAAUUAUAUGGGAGGUGUACCACAGCAAUCAUUAGCAGCCCCAUCUGAAGAUGGGAAAAUUGAUCGUGCUUACCUAUCAUCGAUACGGGCAAUUUUAAAAAUUGGAUGUAUGGUAAGUUGUCAGACGUUUUUUUCUUUAUGAACGAUGUAUGAUUCAAAUGAUCUUUGGCAAAACGUUAUUGAAAACACAGCAACAUCGAGAGUUUCUCAAGGCAUACUAGGCAAUGAGAAAAAAGUGGACUUUGGACUUUUACAGGUUUUAUUAGACUUACGUGAACUUUGAUGAACUUCUAAAGUCUAAAGUUUUAAAGUCUAAAAUUCAUGGAUUUUGAAUUUAGAUAGACUUUAGAAGUUCAUUAAAGUUCACGUAAGUCUAAUAAAAC